AUGAAGUCCUUCGGGUGUCUCAGCUCGCCUGCACAGCAGCAGCAGCAGCAGCAGCAGCAGCAGCAACAGCAGCAGCGUAGCAACAGCAGCAGAAGCAGCAGCAGCAGCAGCAAAAGCAGCAGCGCAGCAACAGCAGCAGAAACAGCAGCAGCAGCAGCAACAGAAGCAACAGCAGCAGCAGAAGCAACAGCAGCAGCAGGAACAGCAGCAGCAGCAGGAACAGCAGCAGCAGCAGGAACAGCAGCAGCAGCAGGAACAGCAGCAGCAGCAGCAGCAGCAGCAGCAGCAGCAGCAGCAGCAGCAGCAGGAAUAAAAGAGGAAAAGAGGAAAUGGAAAAGAAAAGUCUUACAGGUAAAGGCCGCCUGCAGCAGCGCCAAAGAGCGGAAGCAACUUUUGGGGUCCGGGGCUUCUUUUAAAAUUCCCUUUUGA